AAAGCAGCGAGGUUGCUUUAUAAAGAAGUUCUGUCCAGCAGCUGUUCAUGGAAACGUCGUGGUCCAACCUUGUGAGAGGAAGUGACUGUAGAUUAUAUGGCGGCACAAUAAAAGCAGAGAGAUCACUUGUAUCUAAUAAGGUUGUUUAGUUAUUUGCAGUGUUUGAUAGAACCAGUACAAUGGCUGCUAUCCGAAAGAAACUGGUGGUGGUUGGGAAUGGCGCAUGCGGUAAGACCUGUCUCCUGAUCGUGUUCAGCAAGGACGAGUUCCCGGAGGUGUACGUCCCUACAGUGUUUGAGAACUACGUGGCGGACAUCGAGGUGGACAGCAAGCAAGUGUAGCUGACGCUGUGGGACACGGCCGGACAGGAGGAUUACGACCGGCUCCGACCGCUUUCCUAUCCGGACACGGACGUCAUACUAAUGUGCUUCUCUGUGGACAGCCCUGACUCGCUAGAGAACAUCCCUGAGAAGUGGGUUCCCGAGGUCAAACACUUCUGCCCUGUUUGGUUCUACUUGUCCACUUAA